CGCGAUCAAUAUCAUAAAAAGUUUCAGGAAAAGGAUUAUCCUGGUCAUCAUCUGAUGAACGACGAGGCACAGGUGUUUCUGUUCUUACAGAGUUUUGUUCUUCGCAAAUGAAGUGGUCUCCCGUAGUUUUGUGAGAAUGCAGGAGUCGGUGCUGCUCAAUGUGGGUUUCUUCACUAAAUCCUGCGUCGUGCUCGUGUGUCUCUGCGGGGUUCACCUCAUCGUUGCACUGUUUUUUUAUUUAACAGAGUCGCCCACAAAAUUGACCAAUUACCGGAAAAUUCAAUUAGACUCCGAUAUAUUUACUUCUCAAACUCAUAGAACAGCAGCACUGGUCAUCCAGUAUGACAAUGGAACAGAGGUAGAAGUAAAUAAACUGAUCUAUUCUAAUGGAAGUGUCAUUAAAGAUGACGUAGAAGAGGAACCCACAGUACUAGAAUCAUGUCCUGAGACGUCACCACUUUUGGUGGGUCCAAUGCGAGUUGAAUUUUCUGAGCCUGUAAAUUUGGAUAUGGUGCGUAAAGGCAAUCCACAGCUGGGGAUGGGCGGCAGGUAUAAACCCAACGAUUGUGUGGCUCUACAAAAAGUGGCAAUAAUCAUCCCAUUCAGAAACAGAGGUGAACACCUGAAGUACUGGCUCCACUACCUUCACCCCAUCCUACAGAGGCAACAGCUCGAUUAUGGGAUUUAUGUCAUACAACAGGGAAAGGUCUACAUUCAUACAGUCAUUCAGGGUUGGCUGUAG